UUACCGGAAAGGUCCUUGUUUACUGCACAGCUCUUGCUCCACGUUAGCAUCGGUGAUUUGACAAGCAGGAAACGGGAUUUUUUUUUUUUUUUUACUUUUAAAGCAGUUCGCAAAACUCAUUGAAUUAAUCUGUGGGUACACAUCGACUGGCAUGAUUGUUUGGAGGCGGAAAAGCUACCGACAAGGGCAGCAAUGACAAGCUUGCUAACGUAGCGCUAAGGCACUCGCACUGCCACGUAUCACGCCUGGCUUGCUUAGUUUAUGACCUGAGUGGCUGCUCAUAAGAACGACCGCGGUCAUGGGUGCGGAGAGCAGCGCGGUGCGGAGCUGCACCCUGGAGGAGCCGCUCCUGACUCUGCCCACCGGACCCACCAUGUACUCGGCGGUGCUCCAGGAUGGGAAGCCCGCUUCUGUGUUUGUUCACAAACGUGGCAAUGAAGACAAAGUCAACAAAGCUGCCACGCACCUGAAGACACUGCGACACCCAUGUCUACUGCGCUUCCUGUCCUGCUCAGUGCAGAAUGGUGGCAUCCACCUGGUGACAGAGCCUGUGCAGCCCCUGCAGCUACUGCUAGACAGUCUCUCCCCAGAGGAAAUUUGUGCAGGCAUCUAUGACCUCCUGCAGGCACUCGUUUUUCUGCAUGAGAGGGGUAAGUCGAGCCACAACAACGUCUGUAUUUCAUCUGUAUUUGUCAGUGAUGAUGGUCAUUGGAAACUGGGAGGGAUGGAGACUGUCUGCAAGUUCUCUGAAGCAACUCCUGAGUUCCUCACAAGCAUCCAGAAUGCAAGAGAGGCCAGCUAUAUUCCUCCAGAAGAGCAGGUGGAGGAUUUUAAAAUCCUUCCUGAUAAACAUGCUCACUCUCGGGACUGUUACUCUUUUGGGAUGAUGGUGGAGUCUCUUAUUCCUCUCCUUAAUGGCUAUGUGUCACAGGAGCUUGCUGCCAGCCUGACAAAAACACUGCAGGCAGGCCUGCUGAACUCUGACCCCAUGUCGCGGCCGCCACUCAGUUCCUUGCUCACCAAUGACUUUUUCAGGAAUGACUUUCUGGAAGUGAUGAAUUUUCUGAAAAGUCUCACCCUAAAGACAGAAGAAGAAAAGAAUGAAUUCUUUAAGUUUCUUCUGGACCGAGUCCAGAGCCUCCCUGAAGAGUUGAUAGCUACACGCCUUGCUCCCAAACUCCUUAACUCUCUCGUUUUUGCAGAACCCAUGGCUGUAAAAAGCUUCCUGCCUCAUCUUUUAAGGCCAAAGAAAGAUAACAGUGGUGGUGGUAGCAGUGAAGAUUGCCUGCUGUCUAUGUCCUUUUACCGUAAGCAUGUGAUUCCUCAGCUUCUCAAACUCUACAAUGUCAAUGAGGAACAUGUCCGAAUCGUGCUGCUGGCCCACAUCCACCUUUACGCUGAGUUUUUCUCCCACGAUGAACUCAAAAACCAGAUCCUACCUCAGGUUUUGUUAGGAAUGAGAGACACCAAUGAUUCUCUGGUUGCCAUGACGCUGCAGAGUCUGGCGGUGUUGGUGCCCUUGCUCGGGGCUCAGGUGGUUGUUGGUGGAGAGAGAACCAAGGUCUUUAAACGCACCACACCUAACUUUACCAAGUCUACAGAAGUGACCCCUGAAACCUCACCUGUCCAUAUAGUUGGAAGUUUCCACCCUCAGAUGGCCCAACCCUCCAAAGUGCUGAAUUUAUUCCCUAGACCAUCAGGGACUGAAGACUUAGUCCUUGAUCACACGGGUAGCAAGACACCAAGGGUUAUCAAGCCAGUAUCGGAUGUUAGUAGAAAGAUGUCUCUGCCUUUGAAUGGCUUUCAUCAGGACAGUGAGAUGGACCAACUUCCUUCUAGCCCAGAGCAGACUGACAGACUAGAAGGCACUGUGGAAGACUGGCCUGACUGGAGUGACCCUGAUAGUGAGAAUAGAGAUGGGCAUUCGGUCCAGAUCCACAUUCAGGCCUCAAAGGGCGUAGAUCCAGUUAGCAGCCUGCCAAUCACUCAUCAGAACACAGAUGAGGAGCCGUGGGAUGACUUUGAGGACACUGAACCUACCUCAGAUCUCUCCCCCACAGCUCCUUUAUCAGACUCAGUCAUCCCUGCACCACCCAAAGGGGGUGCUGCUUCCCCAUCUUCAAAACAUGGUCCUGAACCACUGAGACUGGGUUCCUCUAAACCCCUUAAGUUGAGCUCAACACUGCGGCAGUCAACAGAGACAGAGGCCACUUCCUCAUGGGACAAUAGCUGGGCUCAAGAGAAAAGGGACUCUCAGAAAUCACAUAACCCCUUAAACCCCCAGUCCAAACCUACAGUGCCACAAAAAAGUAGUUCAGUAGGAGGUCUGGGGGAGGAGUUUACUAUAAGGGUGAAGAGAAAGGUAGAGCAAGACCCAGAGCUGGAUUUGUUUGCAGACAUGGUGCCGGACAUCAAGUUGUCAUCUCCAGCAGUGCUGUCACUACAAGAGACCGGCGAGCGUGAAGCAGAACUGUUCACAGCAUCUUCGGAUAACACUAAACCUCUGCAGGUCGAUUCAUCCAUCGAUACUUUAACAUUCACUGCCAAGUUUGCAGCAGUUGACCUGACUGAGACUGCACCAGAUGGCUGGGGAGAUGAAGAUGACCUGAACUGGGAGGAUAAUGCCUGGUGAUUACGUUUGAUCCAUUACUUCCAUGUGCAGUAAAAGACUUGACCACUGGAAAACUGAAACCCAUGCACCACAUCUGGAGUGCCACUUCACCAACAGACCAGUAAACUGGAAGUAGUUUCUCAUUUAACAUGAUGCAGUAGGGAUGGUAAUGACAGGGAUGGCCUAAGGCUUUUUAAUAUUAUGUUGAUUUUAUCAUUAUGUUAAUUAUGAGAACUUGCUUUUAAACUGGAACGAUCAGCUCUUCAUCAGAUGGUGCUAGACUUGGACAAAAUAAGCCAUUUAUAAUUGUUUGCCAACUGGUAUCAGAGGUGAAUGUAAUCCUGUUUCAUCUGCUCUCCUUUUUUAUUUUUUUUAUGGGUUAAUUUCACUAGUGGCAUAAAGAAACGUUUCGGAGACACUGGGUCUUCCCAAAAAGAGUCAGUUUGAUUAACUGAAGGCUUGCACUUUGAAUGAAUGUGAAAUCAGAAUUGCAUAAUUUAUUAGUAGCUUUUGGGUUGAUGGUGAAAUAAAGUAAAA